UGUUCAUCGGUUGAAUUAUUUUUAGUUAUGGUUUCUCGAUUAAGGAAGGGUUGAUAGAUCUCUUCUUGAGCUGUUGGUUCUGUUUAUUGAGGCCUUUUCGAUUUGAAUGGCAUUGGGGGAUUUGAUGGCCUCCAGGUUUUCGCAAUCUUCGGUGGCGGUUGUUUCGAAACAGUUGGAAGAAGAGUACGUUUCGAGCCAUGCUGAUGUUGAUUUAAGUUCCCAGAGAAUGGAUUCGGAGACUGCUAGUAGUAGUUAUGGCAAUGGCACGAUUGCCACUACCACGAGUAUAGCUUAUUUGCCUCAAACAGUGGUUUUGUGUGAAUUUCGGCAUGAGGCUUGUCUUCCCAUCGGUCCAUCAGAUAGUGGUUUAGUCUCGAAAUGGCGACCUAAAGAUGAGUUUACUCUUAUCUUUUCAACUAAUUUCAUUUAUUUCUCUUAAUUGUUUGUUGAAAUGGGGUUUUGUGAUGUACCUUCAUCAAUUUGAAAUUCAGUUGAUAUAUAACAUUGGUUGUGCCAAAUUGUGAGUAGAAUAACUACUAGUUUUUGUAAUCCUUUGCUUGCAGAUCCUUUUUCAAUGGCACUGCAGAAAGCUCUUAAAACAAUUGGGAAAAAUUUGAGUGCUCAGUAUGAAAGGUGGCAACCAAGGGCACGAUAUAAGGUCCAGCCUGAUCCUACUUUGGAUGAAGUGAAGAAACUUUGUAAUACAUGUCGCCGAUAUGCCAAGUCUGAGAGGGUCCUAUUUCAUUAUAAUGGCCAUGGUGUGCCUAAGCCGACUUCUAGUGGUGAAAUUUGGGUUUUCAAUAAGAGUUAUACACAGUAUAUCCCUUUGCCAAUCAGUGACCUUGAUUCCUGGUUGAAGACACCCUCCAUAUAUGUUUUUGAUUGCUCUACGGCUAGGAAUAUUGUGAAUGCUUUUAUUGAGCUUCAUGAUUGGGUUGCUUCUAGCUCCUCUGGAUCCACAAGGGAUUGCAUUCUACUUGAAGCAUAUGAAGCACAUGAGACUCUUCCACAAAGUGUUGAAUUUCCUACAGAUGUGUUUACGUCUUGUGUCACAACACCUAUUAAGAUGGCUUUGAGAUGGUGA